GCUAAAAAAAAUGAAUAUUGUAAAAAUUAUAUAAACGGUCAACAGUUCUAUUUACGUAUAAAGCUGGUUAUUGUUCAAAACUAAAAUUGAAUUACAAUGUCAAAGAACAUGCGGAAUAGUUUCGAUAAAACCUACAAAAUUCUGCCAGACAACAAAUUACUCGUGGACCACUCGGAUGUAAGACCAAGCACCUCAAAACCAAUACAUUUACGCAGGGUCGAGAGAGCGCUCAACCUGAACAUGUUUUUGAAAAAUAUAAACAACCAACUAAUGCUGAGCAGCGACUCUGAUGAUUCAGACGAUGAUAUCCCAGAUAUAAAUGAUGCAAACAUUGAAAAUAUACUUCGAGAGUCUGAACCACAUUCACCAAAAGAAUAUUACAACUUCAAAAAUGUCUCUUCCAAGAGAAAAUGGUUAUCCGAUGUUUUACAAGAGAAUACAGAUAGUACGCCGGAGGAUGUACAAUAUAAGCACAUCAUAAGGAUGCAUUCUUACCAGAAAAACCUGCGGAAGACCAAGGAGAAUUUCAAUAACUAUAUGUUCUAUGGUGCCGGAUUGAUAAGUGCUGUAGAUCACUACCCAGAAAUAGAAAAAAAUUUACCCGUACACAUAAAGAAAAAGGUUAUUAAAACAGAAGAUACUUCCAAAUCACCUUUGUAUCAUCCAGAGAUUUUGGAUGAUAUACCGGAUGAACCUUGUUUGGACUUAAACCUUCAAAAUGGAAUAGAGUUCCAAACUAUAGAAGAAAUGGAAGACACGAACAUGAACACUGACUUUACUACAAUUCCAGUUUCCAUGCAUUCUGUUUCCUCAACUCCACAAUUAAACAUGAAUAUACCAAAGAAGAAAGCUAAGCGAUUCAGAGAUGAAGAAUCACGCAAGAAAUGGGAAGAUAUGAUGACGAUAAAAAGACGCAAACUAUACACCAGCAUCGUGAAAAAAGAAACGGGGAAGCAACAUCGCGCUAAGAUGAAUAGGCAUAAGGAAAUGCUUUUGCAGUGCAAGAGAGUCGCGACACACUGUGUUAAGGCAGCACGACAGAAAGCUUUGCAGUCAGCUAGGACAGUGAAAGAGCAGCAGUGGCGAAUGAAACGAUUGGCUAGGGAAAACAUAGCAUACUGGAAAAGGUCGCGACGUUUCGACCGAGAAAUCAAAAAGAGGUUAGAAAAGGAAGCAGAAGAGCAACGGAAAAUCGACCACGAAUUGGUAGAAGCCAAACGACAACAAAGGAAAUUAAACUUUUUAAUAACGCAGACUGAACUUUAUGCCCACUUUAUGUCGAAGAAAUUGGGUCAAGUUUCACCUGAGGAACAACUAAGGAUAUUAAGCCAGUUGGACGAGGAAGGCAUAACCAAACUUAGUUGUGACACAUACGAUAGUGAAACGAUGAAGGAAAAAGCAAAGAAAAAUGCACUUGACGCAUUCCAAAGCGAGAAAGCUAGAACAAAACACUUCGACAAGCAAGCAAACUCAUGUUUAGGCGAGUUCGAUUCUAUAGGUGGAGAGCAGCCGCAACCGGAUAUGUUCAGAGGUAAACUGAAAGGUUACCAGUUGCGCGGGAUGAAUUGGUUGGCUAAUUUAUAUUCCCAAGGCAUUAGUGGAAUUUUGGCAGACGAGAUGGGACUGGGUAAAACUGUACAAAGUAUAGCAUUUCUGUGUCACAUAGCUGAACGAUAUUCUGUUUGGGGCCCGUUUCUGAUCAUUUCCCCAGCUUCAACGCUCCACAAUUGGCAACAAGAAAUUGCGAAAUUCGUACCAGGGUUUAAAGUCGUGCCUUACUGGGGCAACCCAAACGAACGAAAAAUCCUGCGUCAGUUCUGGGACCAAAAGGACAUGUACACUAAAGAUGCUAGCUUCCACAUUGUUAUAACCUCGUACCAAAUCGUAAUAACGGAUAUUAAAUACUUCAAUAGAAUCAAGUGGCAGUAUAUGAUUUUAGAUGAGGCUCAGGCGAUAAAAAGUACUAGUUCGAUGCGUUGGAAGACGUUGCUAGGUUUUAGUUGUCGGAACAGAUUGUUGCUGAGCGGUACCCCGAUUCAGAAUAGUAUGGCCGAAUUGUGGGCUUUAUUACAUUUUAUCAUGCCAACACUCUUUGAUUCCCACGAGGAAUUCAACGAGUGGUUUUCAAAGGAUAUCGAGAGUCAUGCCGAAAAUAAAACGGGAAUUGACGAAAAACAUUUAUCGAGGCUUCAUAUGAUUUUAAAGCCAUUUAUGUUGAGGAGGAUUAAGAAAGAUGUUGAAAACGAAUUAUCCGAUAAGAUUGAAGUUAUGGUGUAUUGCCCGCUGACUACUAGGCAGAAUUUGUUAUAUUUGGCAUUGAAACAGAAAAUUAAAAUUGAAGAUUUACUUCAUUACACUGUAGGGGGCGGCGACUCACAUGUCGUGGACAAAAAUUUUACUUCUAAUUUGAUGAACUUGGUGAUGCAAUUUCGAAAGGUCUGCAACCAUCCGGAGUUAUUCGAGAGAAGAGAUGCUAAAUCUCCUAUAAGUACUCCACCGCUGCAGUACAUCAUACCGCGUUUAGUAUACAACGAUAACGUGAGACAAAUACUGAUGUUGUAUAUUCAGAAAUAUUUUGUAUUUACUCCCGAGUAUAUCGCUAAUGCUAUCGAUAGCGGCUUCUCGCAGACAAUCUUUAACUUUUGCUUUGCCUUGAACCUAUCGUUUGACGAUCUCUAUAAAAUUUUCCAAGGAGAUGUAUUGCACAGGUGGCGUCACUAUUUCGAGACUGAAAAACAGGACUAUGUCCAGCACCACGAGCGUUUUUGGAAUCCUGAUUUGUAUAAUAAACCGUCAAUUAGGUUGAAGUGUGAUUUUAAAAUGAACAAUUCGCAAAUAGAAACCAGCAACGUCUUGCUAGAUUUAGUUUUUACAAGACGUAUUAGGGGAAACAGAGUUAUUUAUACCCAUACUGAUCACGUUUAUCAUUCCAUGCCAGAAACCGUAGAGCAUAAAAAUAUUAGGUUGAAAAAUAAGGAGGCUAGCACCGAGGAUGAAUCUAUAAUAGACGUUGUUAAUGAAGAUGGAUUGAAAACACACCAAACCAUUUCCGUGAACGAGUUUCCUUAUUUGAAGAGACGACCCCAAGUGUUCAAGGAUGUUAAGACUGAACUGCCUGCUUUUUUGUUUUAUAAUAUGCCAAAAGUUGCGACGGCCCCCGUAGGAAUGUAUUGUUAUUCCCGUAAGGCGGCUUGGGACCUGAAACGGCACAUAGACGACUACAGUUUUAACUCGUUAAAUCACUAUUGGUCACGAGCGACAGACAAUAAGUACAACUUCAAGUCGGCGGAGAGCUUACACCCGCGACCGUUUAAUGGCGUCGAUAAUAUUCGUCCUGCGCACGGGUGGUCAAAUAUCGCAAUACCGGAUAAGGAGAGCUUGGUUACAGACUCCGGCAAACUCUCGGUACUGGAUGGCCUUCUCAAGAGGCUGAAGGAGGAGGGGCACAGGGUCCUUAUUUAUUCACAGAUGACGAAAAUGAUAGACUUGUUGGAGGAAUAUAUGUGGCACAGGCAUCAUAAGUACAUGAGACUGGAUGGUUCAUCGAAAAUUUCUGAGCGAAGAGAUAUGGUUGCCGAUUUCCAGGCCAGGACCGAUAUUUUUGUGUUUUUGUUAUCAACUAGAGCUGGAGGAUUGGGCAUCAAUUUGACGGCUGCUGACACGGUGAUUUUUUAUGACAGCGAUUGGAAUCCCACUGUAGAUCAACAGGCUAUGGAUAGGGCCCAUCGUCUUGGUCAGACGAAGCAAGUCACGGUCUACAGACUGAUUUGUAAAGGUACUAUAGAGGAAAGGAUUUUACAAAGAGCCAGAGAAAAAAGCGAGAUUCAAAAACUGGUUAUCAGUGGAGGUAACUUCAAACCAGACACCCUCAAGCCUAAGGAAGUGGUAUCGCUUUUGCUCGACGAUGACGAAUUAGUACAAAAAUAUCACUUGAAGAUCGAAAAUCCCCAAGAAGAUAAAGGAGAGGACAAGAAAAGAAAAUUGCCUUUCAAGACAAUACCUGCCGUACCUGAAGCCAAGCGUCUCAAGCAAGAGUCGUUAGAUAGCUGCUUUGAGGAGCAACCCACUAGUAGCAAUGGGAACGCUGUGGACAGCGGUCCCAACAGUCCAGGUAGCGUCCACUCAGCUGAUAUUUUGACGGAUGAUUUGACAGACACCUAUAACGACGAUGCCGACUCGCCAAUUACUAACAAAUACACUGUGUACAAUGUGUACGGUUCGACGGUGAAGCCGCGCGUUCCUGGACGUGGAACGUCGCGUAGGGGGCGGCCUAGGGGAUCUAGAAGUCGAACUGCAGGCCUGUACAGAAAUUAUUCGUCGGGAGUAGCCUCAUCAGCGUCCAGCGGGGUGUAUUCAGCUGAUCCUGUUCCUACAGAUUCGGCCUCAUCGAUAUCUUCGUCUCAGUCGUCGCCUUCUGGUACCUUCAUGGAUGUACCGAUAAGUACAAGCAGCGGUACUGCCCCACAAGUACCCACAGUACGGCGAGGUCCAGGUAGACCGCGUCUAAAGCCGGGUGGUCCUUCGAAUGCGGGAUCAAGGGGUACUUACAGACCUCGAAAACCCGCCAGGCCAUUGCCAGUACCACUGCCGUCAGAUGGUACCAACUUAAACAGCUCAAAUGCCAGUACUAGCAGUACACAGUAUUCAAGUUACUCUUUUUAUGACUUUCCGGAUGAUUAAAAUAAGAAAAUCAUUUUUUUAUCUUGAAUUGGGUAAAUCCAAGUUCUGGUUUUUGAGAGUAAAACCUGGUUUAUACCCGAGUGAUACCUAACGGCAUACUUACAGCACCAUGUUCCUUAAAAUUGUUUCUAUUUUAACAUUGUUGUACAUUUGUAUAUAUAAAUGCAACGCUGUUAGGGUUGCUUUAGGCCGAGUUCAGGCAUAAGCCUGGUAUAUUUAAAAAAAUACUAUUAAAAGAGCGUCAAAUUUUCUGUUUUUUUUUGUACGCAUGAUGUAAUUUUCAAAAAUACCGUAAAAUAAUAUGUUCCAUUUGAUCUGUUUUAAAUGUAUAAAACAUGUAUUACUAUCCACCUAUUGAAUAUUGUUGUUCAAUUUCAGUAAAUUUAAUUCUGUUAAUGAAACUGAAGGAGAAACAUAUUGUCUGAUAGUCGUCUUUUGUUUGACAAAACAUCUUUUUUUUUACAAAGAUUUUUUAAUUAGCAUAGGUAAGAUGUAGGGAGUCGUAACAUCCAACACCAACCAAUAAUAUUAUAGUCUUUGAUCAAAGUAAAAAAAUCACAACACCACACAGUACUGUAAUUCCAUGGGGUUGUGGUUUUCGUCAAAGCUGGUGAUGGCAUGUUAAGACCUGUCUCUUUCCUCGAUUUUCUUUUAGAAAAAAAUAACUAUAGGUUUUUUAUUUAUUUAACUUGGCCAGAUAGUAUUCUUUGAUUCAGUAUUUAUUCUUUGAAUAUAUAUUUUUUAAUCUCUGACAAAUUAUUAUCUGACUAGGUGUUUACAAUUGUUUUAUACAUUUAACAUAUUUAUUUAAUUUCCUAUAUGUACCUAUA